CACAAACAUAAACGUCCGUAAUUAUUUGUAUCUUUCUAGUUACGUUGUGGAAUUGAAAUUCAUACAAAAAAAGAAAAAAAGCCAGCAAAUAAACACGGUUCGGAGACCACCAAGUUACUGAGGGCCCUAAUCAUCCACUGUAGUCUUCAACCCAAAAUUUAAACAACUAUAUGAAAACUAUAUAUGGCAUCCAUUUGGGACCCACCGUUCAUGGAGGCAUACAAGAACUUAUUGGAGAAGAAAGAAGAUAUGAAGAAUAAUAAUGAGGUGGUGGUGGUUGAGGAAUGCGAGCUUCCGGUGAUAGAUCUGAGCCUCUUAGAAGCGAGUGAGGAGGUGGCGAGGGAAGAGUGCAAGUCGCAGAUAGCUAGGGCUUCUGAGGAGUGGGGCUUCUUCCAGGUUGUGAAGCACGGCAUCUCCGGCGACAUACUGAAAAGGCUGAGGUGGCAGCAGGAGAAGGCCUUCAAGGAACCUUUCGAUGUGAAGGCCAAAGAGGACAACUUCUCCGCCGGUGCCUACCGCUGGGGAUCCCCUACUGCCACUUGCAUCAAACAGUUAUCUUGGUCUGAGGCUUUUCAUAUUCCCUUAACCGAUAUCAUUGGCUCCAAUAAUAUUCCAUCCAACACUCUCAAGUCGACAAUGGAACAGUUUGCAAGCAGAGUGUCGAGGCUAGCAGACAGAAUAGCAGAAAUACUGGCGGAGAAAAUGGGUGACAAGUCAAGCUUCAUGAAGGAGAAUUGCUUGCCAGACACUUGUUAUCUGAGACUGAACCGAUAUCCAGCGUGCCCAGUGAGGUGUGGUCACGAGAUUAAUGGACUGAUAACGCACACUGACAGCGACUUCCUGACCAUACUAUACCAAGAUCAUGAGGUGGGAGGGUUGCAGUUGGUGAAAGAUGGAAAGUGGAUAGCAGUGAAACCCAACCCUGAAGCUCUUAUUGUCAACAUCGGAGACUUAUUCCAGGCAUACAGCAAUGGGCUAUACAAGAGCGUGCAGCAUCGGGUUGUGGCGAAUCCCACAUCGGAGAGAUUCUCCACUGCGUAUUUCUUUUGCCCUUCCAAUGAUACUGUUAUAGAUAGCUGCAGGAAGCCCUCUCUUUACCGCAAAUUCAACUUUCGUGAGUACAGACAACAAGUUCGAGAUGAUGUUCGCACCCUUGGCUCCAAAAUAGGCUUGCCAAGGUUUCUUGUCACUCAUCAUUAUCAUCAACCAUAAUUAAUACAUUUAUUCAUUUAUUAUAUAUUUCUCUGCCUGUGCCUGGACGGAAGAAUGAACGAGCUAAGUUUUAUCUAGUUGUGGUCUAUAGAAAUAUAUGUUAUGUGGUCGUUGAUUCAUAUACUCAGACAUAGCUGCUGGUUUCACCCUGCAUGUUUUAUGCUGUCUCAUUUUGUCUGCUGUUAUGCCAUAAUACAAGCUACAAGGCCUAGUUUCUACUAUAUAUUAUUAUAAAAGGAAACAGAUCAGAGAGAGAUAGAGAGGGAGCAGAUAAAUCAGAAUAUAUAUGACAGUCUCUUUCUGUUUACAUGUCACUAGAAGAGAAGCAAUU